CAGCUUUGUAAAUUAAUAAUAGAGUGAACAAGCUUAUUAACAACAAACUGAUGACGUCAACUACGGGCGCUCAACGAUUUGAUUGGUGGAAUAUUUCUGAGGUCAAAGUUUUUCUUCCGUGUCACGCAGCUAACAUGGCGGACAAAGAAAAGAAGAAAAAGGAGAGCAUCUUCGACUUGUCAAAGUACAUCGACAAGCCCAUUCGUGUGAAGUUUCAAGGAGGACGAGAGGCCAGCGGUGUCCUGAAAGGUUUUGAUCCUUUGUUAAACCUGGUGCUUGACGGCACUAUCGAGUAUAUGCGAGACCCAGAUGACCAGCUGAAGCUAACAGAAGACACCAGGCAGCUGGGUCUGGUGGUCUGCAGAGGAACCUCCGUAGUGCUCAUCUGUCCUCAGGAUGGCAUGGAGGCUAUACCAAACCCGUUCAUACAGCAGCAAGAUGGCUAACGGUCCACGAGUCACUGGAUUCUAGUCAUACACACAUACGAACACCAAGCACACACUUACAUAGAAGGUUUUUUGUUGUUGUUGUUGUUUUAAUUUUUUUUUUUAAAUAACAGUAAUAAUGUGUAAAACAAAGCAAAUUUCUGUUGUUAAAAAUCUUAAGUCGAUCAGUAAAAGGACACUUCAAAGCACUUCACUUUUGUUUCUGUCUGUGAUGUGCAAAUUUGGAAAGAUUUGAGUUGUCAAGCCCACAAGUCUGGGAAGUGUUAACAGUAACGUUUUCUUUUUAUCCAGAAUAAGUCAACUUUUUACUAUUGUUUGUGGUUUUUGAUAAGAAAAUAAAAUGAAAAUGUAUGUUGUAAA